UCCACAGAGUGCUUCUCAUGUUGAGACACCUCCUUGUCUUUGUUACUUUCAGUUGGCAGAUAUAAGCUUUUCCUCCAAUACGGCUUAACAGUCAGCAGAAUACAUUGAAAGAUGCCGGACUGGGAUUUAUUGGGAAACUACAAGAUACAUUUUCUAUAACUCAUACUUUUAAUCGUCCACCAUCUGUAACAGGGCUCGCUUAGCCAUUGUGAUGAUGGAAUCCGAACAACUCUCCCUGCUGUCCUCCUUGAAAGGAGAGUUGCAGUCUGAGGAUUACAUUCAUCCCCACUAUAAGGAGGCUUAUCGCCUUGCUAUCGAUUCCCUGGUGAAUGGUGGCAGAGAGAGCUACCAGGAGUUCCUCAAGGCCGAGCGGAUAGGGAGCUUUCUCUCAGAAGAUGAACUCCACUUCAUCACUACAAAUGCCUCACACCCAUUGCCUAGCAGCCACACAGAAGAAAUCAAUGGACCAGCACUGGACACUCCGGCCAGCAAAUCCUCAACUGGGACGUACUGGCCUGUGCACUCAGACAUAGUAACACCCGACCUGGAGUUAGGAUGGCCGAUGGUCAUGCAUGAUAAACUCCAAACCAAUAUAGAUCUGCUUUUCCAUCCACCCAGACUAAACAGCCCCACCAUCAAAGAGGUGAUCCGUAAACAGAUUCAGGGUGCCAGACAGGUUAUUGCAAUUGUAAUGGACAUUUUUACAGAUGUGGAUAUAUUCAAAGAAGUGGUUGAUGCCUCCAUCAGAGGAACUCCAGUUUAUGUGCUUCUGGAUGAAUUUCAUCUGCAAAGCUUUCUCUCAAUGGCUGAGAAUCAAGACAUCCAAAUCCCAAAACUUAGGAACAUGAGAGUACGCACAGUGAAGGGGCAGGAUUACAUCUGUCGUUCAGGAGCUACAUUUCAUGGAGCAAUGGAGCAGAGGUUUCUAUUGGUGGACUGCCAAACAGUGGUGUACGGAUCAUACAGCUUCAUGUGGUCCUAUGAGAAAAUCAACCUGAGUAUGGUGCAGGUCAUAACAGGCCAGCUGGUGGAGUCCUAUGACGAGGAGUUUCGAACACUCUUCGCUCGCUCCUCAAUGCCAGCAGUUCUCGCCCCUCCCGAGGGUGUGCUACUAGAAAGGAAUGGAAGGCAUGCUCUGGCAAAGUAUGCUUCUCAAUCCAGCCAAGCCUUUGAGAGGAAGGACCAGUUGAGACAUACCCUGGACACAGUGUAUAGAAAAGCCUGUGAGAGACAGAUGGGCAUGACGAGCCCUAUCAGAGAGAUGGAGGAGAGACUUUAUGAGGAGGAGCCAUUUCAACACAGACCCAUGGUCAAUCAUGGUGUGAGUGUUCAAAAACACAUCCAUCAGUUCCAGUCUGCAGAGACUGCAAACUUCCUGAAAAGACACAGUUAUGCUGGGGAGAGACAAGAAGUCUUGCAUGUUCCACACAACACAAGGUAUGGGGCAAGCAACUGGAAUGUGGCUGGAGAUGAAGGUUAUCACUGUGCCCCGGGAAGAAGCCACUUUUCCAAUGCUAUGGAUGACAAUUCUCAGGGGGCACAGAUGUACAGAGGUCACAAUAUUCGGCAGUCCUACCACGGAAAUGACAAACACGCCCGCUCCAUGCAGCAGAACAUACCGACUUUGGAGCACACGGCUAAGUCCUUCUUGCGCACAUAUAGGAUAGAGUCUUACCUCAAUAACACUGACACUCCUAUUGGGGAAUCAUGUGAUUAUCUGGACCAGUAUGAAGCUCUGGAAAACAAAGCUAGCUCAUUCAUUCCCUCCAGAGUUAGGUCAUCGCUUGUUUUCAAGUCCACUAUUCCAGAGCAACCGGAGACAAACAUUUACUCAAAAAACUCUUCCAUACGUCAGGUCGAUCCCUCUGCAAGGCAAAACAAUGCACCGUAUUACUCAUCAAUGCAACGGAAUCCAGCAACAUCAAUGGAAAACAGAAUGAGACAGGAUGAGUUUAUAAUGAAGAAGCAAAGUCUGCAUAUUUUGGAUGAUCCCAGGAAUAACAUUGGCUAUGGAAGAGACCCACAUCAGUCUGUCUAUGCCAGCCUGGGCAGAACCAAAGGGGGACUGGUAAUCAAAAACCCUGAGCUCCUCCAAGACAACUGGCACAAAAGGCACAGUGUGGCAGACCCAAAGUCCAACAUAGACUACAGAGACAAUAAAGAGUCCUCCAGUCACAUGUAUGGUGGAGCCUUUGUGAGGAAACAGUCAGAUGGUGGUGGAAUAAGAGUGGGUGCACAGAAUGGAGGAUAUUCUUCAAAUCUGAAUGAGGAUCAGAGAUCUGUCUCUCAAUAUGAUGUCAAAAGCACAGUGGACAUAAAGAGACCCCCUCUUUCCAUUUGGAAAGAGCCUCCCUCCAGAACUGUGUCUGCAGCAGCCCUUGAUAUGAACAGCAAAGAGCCCACUUACAAGUCCACCAGUACAGCACUGGGCUCACCUCGUUUCCUCAAGAAGAGCUCCAAGAAAAUCAGAUCGUUGCUCAACAUACCAGAGAAAAAAGAGGGUUCCCCUCUAACCAAAGAAAAUGUCAUUCCAAAAGGGGGUGGUAGCUCAGACACCAUAGUGACUGAGAAAGAAGAACAAAGACCAAACAGAGAGAGGAAGGUUGCAUCGCAGAGUGGCACCGCAAAUCCAACCAGAUCCCCUACCAGGAUAAAGAUGGACAAGAACCACUUUGCAGAUGAUAUAGGUAAAUCAUCAGCCCCUCGUUUCAGCACUGACGAGCUGCAGCAAAACCCUCCUGCCAGAGUUACAUCCAUUAGGACACAGGGGCAGCCUACUGCCAUUGAUGAAAGACAUGAAAGGGCAAGCCUUGCAUCAGGAAACUGGCGUAGCGAUCAGGGGGGCAGUAGUCGUUUGUAUAGCAGAUUUGAGCCUUUCUGCUCAUUUGAGAAGAAGCAACCCCACUCUUUACAAUCUGCAACAGACCCUGCACCCAUACAUGCACCAGAGAAGACCAAGAGCAUGCACUCUGCUAAAAGUAACUCCAACAAUGAACAACACAACCACACUGGCCAGCAGACAACUAGCCACCAUGAAAACAAACUGGGGAAAUUUAUACAAAGAGUAGGGAACUUCAUUCACAAAAAUAAGUAGUAGAUAAGAAAGUUAGCAUAGUGAACUAAGCUUACUGGUCGAAUGAUGACAUUCAAAAACGCAAUCAAAUUGUUGACAGAUUGGAAACAGUGUACUGCACCAUUAAACUUGAAAACUGUUCACAUGAAUAGCUGACAUUCUUUCAGGUCUAUUUAGAGCAAUGGAAAACUGAUCAUUACUUCAAUUAAAUAUCAAUGUUUUGAUUAUUAGUAACACUUUCUACGAGGCACAAACAUACAAGCAGGGUCUGGGACAAGGUAUCACGGACAGUGAACUCAAGUCAGAGGACCACAGCUGAAGUCAGACCAGCAGAACUGGGUCAGCAGCACAGUCAGGUGAACAGGGGACAGGGAUAGCCAGGUAUCGUCAGACCAGAUAUAUAUUUAUAUAUAUAUAUAGAGGGGCAAAAAAGUAUUUAGUCAGCCACCAAUUGUGCAAGUUCUCCCACUUAAAAAGAUGAGAGAGGCCUGUAAUUUUGAUCAUAGGUACACUUCAACUAUGACAGACAAGAUGAGAAAAAAAGUUCCAGGAAAUCACAUUGUAGGAUUUUUAAUGAAUUUAUUUGCAAAUUAUGGUAGAAAACAAGUAUUUGGUCAAUAACAAAAGUUUAUCUGAAUACUGUUAUAUACCCUUUGUUGGCAAUGACAGAGGUCAAAUGUUUUCUGUAAGUCUUCACAAGGUUUUCACACACUGUUGCUGGUAUUUUGGACCCAUUCCUCCAUGCAGAUCUCCUCUAGAGCAGUGAUGUUUUGGGGCUGUUGCUGGGCAACACGGACUUUCAACUCACUCCAAAAACGUUCUAUAGGGUUGAGAUCUGGAGACUGGCUAGGCCACUCCAGGACCUUGAAAUGCUUCUUACGAAGCCACUCCUUCAUUGCCCGGGCGGUGAGUUUGGGAUCAUUGUCAUGCUGAAAGACCCAUCCACGUUUCAUCUUCAAUGCCCUUGCUGAUGGAAGGAGGUUUUCACUCAAAAUCUCACGAUACAUGGCCCCAUUCGUUCUUUCCUUUAUACGGAUCGCCCAAGGGGACCAGUCGUCCUGGUCCCUUUGCAGAAAAACAGUCCCAAAGUAUGAUGUUUCCACCCCCAUGCUUCACAGUGGGUAUGGUGUUCUUUGGAUGCAACUCAGAAUUCUUUGUCCUCCAAACACGACGAGUUGAGUUUUUACCAAAAGGUUUUAUUUUGGUUUCAUCUGACCAUAUGACAUUCUCCCAAUCUUCUUCUGGAUCAUCCAAAAUGCUCUCGAGCAAACUUCAGACGGGCCUGGACAUGUACUGGCUUAAGCAGGGGGACACGUCUGGCACUAAAGGAUUUGAGUUCCUGGCGGCGUAGCUUUGUUACUUUGGUCCCAGCUCUCUGCAGGUCAUUCACUAGGUUCCCCCGUGUGGUUAUUGGAUUUUUGCUCACCGUUCUUGUGAUCAUUUUGACCCCACGGGGUGAGAUCUUGCGUGGAGCCCCAGAUUGAGGGAGAUUAUCAGUGGUCUUGUAUGUCUUCCAUUUCCUAAUAAUUGCUCCCACAGUUGAUUUCUUCAAACCAAGCUGCUUACCUAUUGCAGAUUCAGUCUUCCCAGCCUGGUGCAGGUCUACAAUAUUGUUUCUGGUGUCCUUUGACAGCUCUUUGGUCUUGGCCAUAGUGGAUUUUGGAGUGUGACUUUUUGAGGUUGUGGACAGGUGUCUUUUAUACUGAUAACAAGUUCAAACAGGUGCCAUUAAUACAGGUAACGAGUGGAGGACAGAGGAGCCUCUUAAAGAAGAAGUUACAGGUCUGUGAGAGCCAGAAAUCUUGCUUGUUUGUAGGUGACCAAAUACUUAUUUUCCACCAUAAUUUGCAAAUAUAUUCAUUAAAAAUCCUACAAUGUGAUUUUCUGGAUUUUUUUUCUCAUUUUAUCUGUCACAGUUGAAGUGUACCUAUAAUGAAAAUUACAGGCAUUUACAGGCCUCUCAUCUUUUUAAGUGGGAGAACUUGCACAAUUGGUGGCUGACUAAAUACUUUUUGCCCCACUUUAUAUAUAUUUUAUGACAUGGAACAACUUUAAUUCAACCAGUUUUCAGUCUAAGACGAAAAGAGAAAAGCUAAAAGAGUGUGUUUGUGUGUGUGUGCGUGAGCGAAUGUGUGUGUGUGUGUGUGUGUACACUGCAGUGAGGAAAACACUGAACAGAAUUUGUUAAAUCUUAUUUGCUCCUCGAGUCCAUAAUCUGUUACAUCAAAUGGAUGAGCCUCAUAGAAAGUGUUAUCAGAUAUUUAUUUUUUCAAACCUAAAACUAGAUCAGCUACUCGAAGGCUGUGAUGAGAGACUAAAAGUUAACUGUGUUAGAUAGGAUCGAUUCAUUUAUUAGGAUUUAUGGUACAGUAGCUUAAUUUCCAUAUGAAACACAUUAACUGUCAUCAUUCAAUUUUAAAAGAUCACAAUAAAGCUGUGAUCACAGACAGUGGAAAAUAUUUUGUCACAAUAUUAGAUAAACAUGUCCAGGAUCUACAGUGUGUACAUGUACAUGAUUGGGUGAAUGAGUUCAUUUUUUUAACCUUUAUUUAACUAGGCAAGUCAGUUAAAGAACAAAUUCUUAUUUUCAAUGACAGCCUAGGAACAGUGGGUUAACUGCCUGUUCAGGGACAGAAACACAGAUUUGUACCUUGUCAGCUAAGGGAUUUGAACUCGCCACCUUUUGGUUACAAGUCCAAUGCUCUAACCACUAGGCUACCCUGCUGCCCUAGUUUUUGACAUUAUUUGACAAAAUAUGCUUGAAUAAAGUUAUAUUUUGUUCUACUGUUCUACUGUGGCUGCAUAUGGCUGCAUAUGUGUUGCGGAUACAGGUGUUGUGAGAAAUGUAAUGGUAUUAUGAUGGGACAAUUUUAGGGAAAUGUACAUUGUAUGUCUUUUUAAAUAUAGUUGCUUUUUCCAAACAAAUGUCAUUGUGUUUCCUUUGAUCUGUUUCUGUAUGUAACAUAGACCUACUGGGCAGCAAGGUUAUAAUAGAUUUGUGUUUUUAUAUUAGGGUUUACUUCUAGUAGUUUUAAGAUUUUUAUUAGAAAUUCUGCUUACAGAUAAUCUUUAUUAGUUUUUAUUGAGUUUAAGUUUCAUCAAAACAUUUCAAUAUAAUUUUUAUAAGCUUAAGUUUAAGUUUUAGUGUUAGGGACAGAAAGUAACCUAUGUGUGGGAGGCUGGGAAACAUUUGUGUUGUUUAGUUUUUGUUUUUUUGUCUCUUCUUGCCACUGUGGGGUAGUAAUGCAUAAGGUGAUGGGUCAGGUCAUAGGUUAAGUUAGGAUUAAAGGUAAACUAAGUGAGAUGAAGUAGAUCAGUGGUCACCAACAGGUCGAUCGCGAUCUUCAAGGCAUUCCUAGGCGAUCACCAAACAUUUCUGUAGAAAAGCCAAUGAUAAAGACAUACAGGAUUGCGUUCCUUUUUUUUCCCUUGUGUUGCGUUUUUUGCGGUAGGCAUAUUUGAUUCAGAAGCCCUGCGCACCGGGUAGGCAAAGAGAUCCCAUUUUUAACCACUUAAUUUGUCUGAAAAGACAAACUGCCUACCCGGCAGACUGGGAGAUCUGUGGCUAAAUGAGUGUGCCUACUGCCCUAGCUAAUCGGAUAGCUCAAAUCACUGUGUCUCCCUACAGCUGCCACAACCCCAGCCACAGCAAAGUUUGAUACUAGCCGGCGUGAGAUUUAAUAACUUUUAAAACUAUGACCAGAGAGAGACUGUCAAAGAAUACAGCAAAGAGCUGCUGUUUUUGAGUGCGUUCAUGUAAAAUCAAAUCAAAUCAAAUGUUAUUGGUCACAUACACAUCGUUAGCAGAUGUUAAUGCGAGUGUAGCGAAAUGCUUGUACUUCUAGUUCCGACAGUGCAGUAAUAUAUAACAAGGAUUCUAACAAUUCCCCAACAACUCCCUAAUACACACAAAUCUAAAGGGGUGAAUGAAAAUAAGAAAAAAGAAAAAAGAAACGUCCUCUCACUGUCAACUGGGGCCGCAGGGUAGCCUAGUGGUUAGCGUGUUGGACUAGUAACUGGAAGGUUGCAAGUUCAAGGUACAAAUCUUUUGUUCUGCCCCUGAACAGGCAGUUAAUCCACUGUUCCUAGGCCGUAUUUGAAAAUAAGAAUUUGUUCUUUAACUGGCUUGCCUAAUUAAAUAAAGGUAAAAAAUAAACUGCAUUUAUUUUCAGAAAACUUAACGCGUGUAAAUAUUUGUAUGAACAUAACGGAAUAUUUCCUUGGAGAAUGGCCCUAGCCCUCACCCUCCAAUCCAACAGGUCCCAGACCUGAAUUGAGAUUCGGCCUUUUCGCUGGCCAUGGCAGAACACUGACAUUCCUGUCUUGCAGGAAAUCAUGCACAGAAUGAGCAGUAUGGCUGGUGGCAUUGUCAUGCUAGAGGGUCAUGUCAGGGUGAGCCUGCAGGAAGGGUACCACAUGAGGGAGGAGGAUGUCUUCCCUGUAACACACAGCAUUGAGAUUGCCUGCAAUGACAAGCUCAGCCCGAUGAUGCUUUGACACACCACCCCAGACCAUGACGGACCCUCCACCUCCAAAUCGAGAGCUCCGACUUUCCAACCUGAAGUUCACUGACGUUGUCACGUAUACUCCUUCUCCGGCGCUCAAGGUCACCAGGCUGCUCAUUAUUAUGCACACCUCGAAUCAAAUCAAAUUCCAAAUCAAAUCAAAUGUUAUUGGUCACAUACACAUAGUUAGCAGAUGUUACUGUGAGUGUAGUGAAAUGCUUGUGCUUCUAGUUCUGACAGUGCAAUAAUAUCUAACAAGUAAUACAACAAUUCCACAACAACUACCUAAUACUCACAAAUCUAAAGGGAUGGGAUAAGAAUAUGUACAUAUUAAUAUAUGAAUGAGCAAUGACCGAGCGGCAUAGGCUAGAUGCAAUAGAUGGUAUAAAACACAGUAUACACAUAUGAGAUGAGUAAUGUAAGAUAUGUAAACAUUAUUAAAGUGACUAGUGAUCCAUUUAUUAAAGUGGCCAAUGAUUUCGAGUCUGUAUGUAGGCAGCAUGAUCAAAUCAUGAUGACUUCAUUGAUCUUCAGGUCGUAGCUCUAGAAAGAGGCCGGAUUUGCAAUUCCGAGUUGGAUGCCCAUACAAAACGUAUUUUUCCAGUCGGAGCUCGUUUAUUCCUGACUUCCCAGUUGUCUUCAACUCACUGAAGUCAAGUUUUCGCAGUUCCGAGUUAGUUGUUUUGAGCACGACACAAAUCAUGCUUCGUUGACGGCAUGGCCAAUGUUGAAUGUUUAUCAUUUUAAACUAGGAAAAGAGCCCCUUAAUCCCAGAUUUAGGACCACACAGCCAUUGUCACUGAUUCCAAACCACCCAUUGUUGAAUUUGCAACUUGUUGUGUAAUGUUUAUGAGGACCGAUACAUUUUAUAUAUAAUUUCUCUUCAUUAUUUCUCUACAUACAACAAGGAUUUAAAAGGAUUUGCCAGUAGAUUGUCAACCUGAUUCAUGAUGAUGACUACAAGCUAAGAUUUUGAAAGUAUGAUGUUGACAUGAUCAGUCCAAUCAAAGCUACUGUACAUAUUUUACAUCAUUUUAUCUGUGGCUAAUGACCUUGAGCCUUCUUGGAUGGGCACUUAUAAUCUAACUCUAUGGAAGCACCCAAGGGGCUACAAUUUUUGAGGUCUACCCUUAGACUUUGCGGUGACGUAGUGUCUCCAUGAGUGACAGAACACUGAGCCAAUCACGGCGCAACACUCUUGUAUUUUCUGCUGGCUUGCCCCACCACCACAAAUAGCACUAAACUAGGCUGAAACACCUGCAUUUUGGAGAAGCCUUACUCAAGGAAACAAAAAAGAGACCAUGUUUGUAUGCAACUUUAUUAACACAAUGUUAUAUUUUUGGGGAAUAUUUUCCGUGCCUAUGAAGUGUAUCCCCUGUGAUAUGCAUGCUAAUACUUUUCAGUCUGUUUCCUUUCAGGGCUGGAUUUUAUUUGAAUGUUACCACCCACCAUUGUUUACUACUCAGAAACACCUGCAAAAUUCUUCUUCUUCGUGAGUUGCGACUGAGCUGAGCAAUAUAAUAGAUAAUCUUUGGCUGAGCCAAUGCUUUUCACCGUAGCCUACACCUGGUCGUCUGAGCUAUGGAGCAAAUUCAAAUAGGGGAUGCAUACUUAUGUUUUUUGCAUCCAAAGUGUAUUGGAUAAUUUGUCAAGUUUAACAAUGAUUUUUGCUAGUCCGUAUUUAAAAAAUUGCUUGGGAUGUGAUUGCAUUUUGGAACCCCGCUACCCCCGUCGCCCCAAGAUUAAUGGUUUUGAACACUCUCCACUGACUUGAUUGGUGCGCUCGAAAUCACAAGUGUCUACCAAUAAAAAAGCACCCGCAAACUGUUGUAUCCAUUUUGUGCUGUUACAUUUUUAUUGAUGUUUCGUUUCGUGUCUGAUAUGCUCAGGGUGCUGUUGCAUAUCAUUUGCGGCGUGCAUCAUGAGCAGUCAUUUUAGUCUAUCAUUUCACUUCAUUUAGCUGUGAGAACCCAUAUUAGCUUGGGUUGACUUGGCAUGGGCUGACUGCCAGGAGCCUCUACCAAAGGAUGCACCGUGUCCAUUACAUUGUAGAAAAACGCACCUCUUGUCCACUCCGUUCAAUAGGCUAUCCAUAUUACUGAAGCUUCAUCUUAUUCUUUCUAUUUCUAUGGCGGAUUCCAGGCCGCAAUUUAUAGAACAUGCCAAAACAUUGGAGAUAACAAUAGAUGACAAAGUCAAAUAUAUACUAAUUUCCCUUAUUCAUCUGUUGCAAAGUGUUCCCUAAUGCUUAUGACAAAUACAUCUCCAGAACCAGCCAUAGUCUAGCCAGCUGGCUAAUCUUUGAAUACAUUGUAGCAACAACAGAUAACAUUAACUAGCUAGAUAAGGUUAGCAUGCUAACUAGCUACACUGACAGCUGUCAGUGCUCUACUUGUUAUUUCUUCACUCCACUUGGAAAUCACCACAAUGUUCCCACCCCCAAUUCAUGAAUAUCUAUUAGCAGCCUGUGUCAUUCUUCGGAGGUGGAACCUAAACGAGAAUUUCCACUAUAGUUCAGGAAUUACAUAGAAAUAGGGGCAGCAUUGCCCUCUGGUGGGGCCUUUAAAGCUAAAUUCCUACAAUUCUACACAUUUUGCCAUGACUUAUGCCAUGUUAUUAUCAUAUCUGAAUGAGAAUGACUAACAAAAUCUAUGGGGGCCACCUGAAGGUCAGGGCCCCUGAGCACGUGUCCGGUUAGUAUUCGGUCAUGAUUACUACAAGUUUAGAUAGCUGGCUAGACUAACUACCAAUCUAAAAAUGUACAUGGCUCAUUGUCAGGUAAUUGAGUGACUGACAUAACAAGAGAAACUGCUGAUGCAAAACCAAAUUUCGAAAUUGCACCUGGUGUAUUUUACUAUUCCAACUCUCAAUAGUAAGUUGAGACCCAGACCCAGAGUUCCAAAGCGACUGCUUAUGUCGCUUAGGCCUGGAGCUGGCCUUGGGUGUCAAAGAUAGUUGCAGUAUAGUUUCAGGUUUUCAAAUGGUUUUGUUAAGACCUACAUAACCAGGUGAGGAGAGUUCCCAACUAAUCAGUGAGCUGAACUGAUCAAUCAGGUACAAGGGAGGAGUGACCUUGCAGACACUCGGACCUCCGUGGAAUGAGUUUGACACCUGUGGUCUAAAGUUACCGUAUGCCUUCUUUGCAGUUCAUUCCUGUCAAUGAUUCAAUUGUUAUUUCUUAAAGUGUAGAAUGUAUUCUUUGUUCCGCUGAACCUUUCUGUAAUGGGAACCAUAUUUCAACACAAUCUCAUUCCCUUUGACAUGCUUUGUCUCUGACAGUUCUGUCUUGCCACUAAUUUUAGCUUCAUGCACAGUAACUACAAGCUCAUGCAUGUUACUGAUAUAUAUGUACAUAAAAAAAGUCUUCAUAAACACAUGAGCUUGUAGUUACACAAUAUGUUUACAUUUAACAUAUUGUGUAGUAAAUAUUUACUUAAAUUUUUUUUCUUCUGUGCAUCGCAUUGCGCUGCAUUCAUGUAAAUAUAAAUAAAGCUUGAUUUGUUUCGAUGUUUGUUUCCCCUUGGCAUUUUACAAAUUAUCACUAUGAUUCCUACCUUAGCACCGCCCUAUCAAGAUCUAUGUCACAUUUAUUUACAAGUCAAAUUUCAUUCUCUCAACAGCUGAUGUCUACCCCAAGGUGUAUCACAUCUGUUUCUUCAUUGCCACAUACUUUGCGCCGCUCUGUCUUAUGGUUCUGGCAUACAUACAAAUAUGUUAUACGCUGUGGUGUCAACAGGUAUCUAUGUAAAUUCAUGUUUGUGAACAAUAACAUACAUUUGCACUGUUUAUUGGCAAUAUGGCUAUUUGUUUGCUGAUUCUCCAAAUAUAUUUCUUGAUCAUGCAGUCACCAAGUUAUCAGUGUCAAUUAUGCUUGUAAUUAUUUGACAAUGCACUCUCAGAUCAUGCACCCCACUGUUCAGAUCCAUCCCAUUGAGUGUUUUAAAAGUUUUCUGUUUUAAUGAGUCUGUCAACCAAGAGACAACAGUCUGAUGUUCUGUGGGUUGUGUGUUCUGUAAACAGAUUCCUGGGAUGUCAUCUGUGCUGCAGAGGAAGCAAAAGUCUCUCCAGGGUUCCAGUUAUCCUCCAGGACCUGGGGAGUCAGUCAGUGUCCGGACCAGCACAGUGUCCGCUGAGAUCGAACAGGUUCGGUUCCCAGUAAUCCCUGGUAAACAUUGUGUUUACAGAAAAAGGUGAUCACAUACUGAGAACUCAUCUGUAAACAUUAAAUUAGCAUAGAUCAGAUAUGUUCUAAUCUAUAUCAACACGAUAAGCAAACAUGUGUUUGAUGUCUGACACUCAGGAUGCAUAUUACUUGCUAGUUAUUCAAAGAAUUAAGUAGAAUUUAAAGUUGGCUGAACUCUAAUAUUUGUUACUCCCCUCCAUCUAGUAAAUAUGUACACUUGCAAACACCUGUCAAUAAGCUAUAAUUCUAUUUACAGUUUCAACACACUUCAUUUAACAGUCUGGUGUCAUUAUUUAUGAGGUCUCACUGAUGUUACCUUGUCAUUGCAGAGUGCUUGGGAUGUUUAAGAACACAAACAGCAGAUAGACUGUGUAGGCCUGGUUCAUGUUCUCACAUUGGCUGAUAUAUGCCAACAGUGCUGCAAAUCCAAUCAUCUAUAACUUUUUAAGUGGUGAGUUUCUGGCUCAUCUCAAUAUACACUGAGUGUACAAAACACAGCAGGGGUUCAGAAACAGCAGGGGUUCAAACUUAAGAACCCAGUUCCUACAUUUGAAUAUAGAAAUAGAUUUUAUCAACCAAAACUAUGCUACAUUUUAUCUCUGGGACCCUCAGGAUGACAAAUCAAAGCAAGAUUACUUAAACAGGGUAUGGUUUGUAGGUGCCAGGCACACCAGUUUGAGUGUGUCAAGAACUGCAACGCUGCUGGGUUUGUCACACUCAGCAGUUUCCCAUGUGUAUCAAGAAUUGUCCACCUCCCAAAUGACAUCCAGCCUAUCCAACACAGCUGUGGGAAGCAUUGGAGUCAACAUGGACCAGCGUCCUUGUGGAACACUAGAGUCCAUGCCCUGACGAAUUGAGGCUGUUCAAGGGGCAAGAGGGGGGUGCAACUAAAUAUUAGGAAGGUGUUCCUAAUGUUUUGUACACAGUGUACUUCAUGAUUUUAUUGCCCCAUCUGCUGGACAGUACAACAUAUCACAAACUUAGAGGGGAGCUUUGGAAGUAGGCUUUGACGUUCCAGCAUAAAGUGCUCAAUCUAUUGUAAUGGUUAAAAACCUAGUACUGUAGUGGUAGAAUUAACAGAAUUGCCUGAUUUGAAUUCAUUAACAAAGUGCCAUUAUGGAUUAAAAUGUAUUGCUCUUCACAUACUUUAGAUUUGAAUUAAAUUAUUUAAAAUCCAUUAUUUCAAUUCAAAUGUGAAUAAUAACUAAACUUAGGCCUCAAUAUAAUAAUUGCAAAUAAAGGAAAACUGUACGUACUGUCAACUGUACUGUAGAAUCCCCUAGAGUCUAUGUCCGCACCCACAUAGAAAUCUAAUUAGGAUCAUAACGAGCUUCAAUGCUAGUAAAAGUAAAUGUAUGCUCUUCAACCGAUCGCUGCCCGCACCCGCCCGCCCGACUAGCAUCACUACUCUGGACGGUUCUGACUUAGAAUAUGUGGACAACUAUAAAUACCUAGGUGUCUGUCUAGGCUGUAAACUCUCCUUCCAGACUCAUAUAAAGCAUCUCCAAUCCAAAAUUAAAUCUUGAAUUGGCGUUCUAUUCCGCAACAAAGCAUCUUUCACUUAUGCUGCCAAACAUACCCUCGUAAAACUGAAUAUCCUACUGAUCCUUGACCUUGGCGAUGGAUGCAGUCUAUCAGAGAGCCAUCCGUUUUGUCACCAAAGCCCCAUAUACUACCCACCACUGUGACCUGUAUGCUCUUGUUGGCUGGUCCUCGCAACAUGUUCGUCGCCAAACCCACUGGCUCCAGGUCAUCUAUAAGUCUUUGCUAGGUAAAGCUCCGCCUUAUCUCAGCUUUCUGGUCACCAUAGCAACACCCACCCGUAGCACGCGCUCCAGCAGGUAUAUUUCACUGGUCAUCCCCAAAGCCAACACCUCCUUUGGACGUCUUUCCUUACAGUUCUCUGCUACCAAUGACUGGAACAAAUUGCAAAAAUCACUGAAGUUAGAGACUUAUCUCCCUCACUAUCUUUAAGCAUAACCUGUCAGAGAAGCUUACCGAUCGCUGCAGCCGUACACAGCCAAUCUGUAAAUAGCCCAUCCAACAAACUACCUCAUCCCCAUAUUUUUUUGGUUUUCCUGCUCUUUUGCACACCAGUAUUUCUACUUUCACAUCCUCAUCUGCACAUCAAUCACUCCAGUGUUAAUUGCUAAAUUGUAAUUACUUCGCCACUAUGGCCUAUUUAUUGCCUUACCUCCUUACUUCAUUUGCACACACUGUAUACAGAUUUUUCUAGUGUGUUAUUGACUGUACGUCUGUUUAUCCCAUGUUUACCUCUGUGUUGUUGUAUUUGUCGCACUGCUUUGCUUUAUCUUGGCCAGGUCGCAAUUGUAAAUGAGAACUUGUUCUCAACUGGCCUACCUGGUUAAAUAAAGGUGUAUUUUUUAAUUUUUUAAUAAAGUAAUUCUCCAUCA